UCACAGAACAAGAGGGGAAGGAGAGCACAACAGCAGGGAUCACGGCCAAGACACAACUCUGCACAAAACUCUCCAAAUCUCAUCACGUCUAUUCCAUUGUAGAAUCCAGCUCAGGUUUUUCCUCCUCUUUUUUUUUUUUUUUUUUUUAAAUGGAACAAAAUCAGUGAGACUUGAAUUUCUAAGAAAAGGAAAUUAUUUAAAGAAAGACAGAAAAAAAACGCCAAGAAAUUCAAUCCAAGGCUGGAAAGAUGAAUUUUCUCCCAAUGAAAGAAGGUUUUGGACUUUAGGAGGAACCUUCUAAGUUCUCACCCUGGUCAGAGCACAGAGUUGUCUUCUUCACUCGACUCUCAGUUCAGGUUCUUCAUUUUUGGUGCUUCAUUCUUUUUUUUUUUUUUUUAAGUUUGUUCUUUAUUUUUAGGUCAAUAGAUAAUAUUUAUUUUUUUGUAGAUUUUUUUUUGUCAGGUGACUGUGAAGAUGUCUUACUCUCUGCUCCUCAUCUGCCUCAGUGUUAUUACUGCUUCUUGGGUACACGUGGUUCUUGCUCUUGGAGAGAGACCUCAGGCCGGUUACAAGGAGGAAAUUGUGUUUCCGGAAAAACUAAACUCCAGCUUCCGCCAAGAGCAUCCAGGCUGGCCUGGAAAUGGUUUUGAGGUAUCCUCCGAAAGUCGCCUCGUUUUCCGAUUCCGUGCUUUCGGCGAAGAAUUUGUCCUAGAUUUAGAGAGGGAUCCCAGCUUCCUAUCGGAGGACUUGACAGUACAGUAUGUUGGCAGAAAUGGACAGUCAGAUGCCAAUGGUCUCUCCGAAUCUGGCAGCUACUUUACCGGUGCUGUCAAUUCUGACCCGGAAUCUAUCGCUGCAGUGAAUUACAAUGGGGCAUCUCUCUUGGGUGUUCUCCAGUUCAGAGGGGCAGAAUACUACAUUCAACCAAUGGAAGGUGGAGGACAAAAUAGUGCCGAAGGUGUUGGAGCUCACAUCAUAAGGAGGAAGGUGCCAGAGAAAGGCAAUGGACCCAUGUGCAACGUCGGUCCUCAAGUGUCCAUGAGAGUCCCAGGAGAACCUGAUGGCAAUAAUCACUAUGGGGAAAAAAAGACACCCUCAUCGAAGAGAUCUAAGCGUUUCGCAUCUGUCCCUCGCUAUGUGGAGACCCUUGUGGUGGCGGAUGAGACAAUGGCAACGUUCCACGGAGCAGGCCUCAAGAGGUACCUUCUGACGGUCAUGGCAGCAGCAGCUAAAUUCUUUCGGCACCCAAGUCUGAAGAAUCCAGUUAAUGUUGUGGUGACUCGGUUGGUGGUAAUAGGCCGGGCAGACAAAUCCAACACCUAUGGGGGACUGAAGAUGACCACGAAUGCUGCCGAAAUGCUGAGGAACUUCUGUGAGUGGCAGAAAGGUCUAAACAAGCCGAACGACUCUGACUCUGAACACUUUGACACCGCUAUCCUCUUCACCAGACAGAACCUCUGUGGCGUGUCCACCUGUGACACACUGGGGAUGGCCGAUGUUGGAACGGUCUGUGACCCAUCACGUAGUUGUUCCAUCGUGGAGGAUGAUGGCUUGCAGUCUGCAUUUACUGCUGCCCAUGAGCUUGGACAUGUCUUCAAUAUGCUUCAUGACAACUCCAAACCAUGUAUAGAACUGAACCGCCCAGCAAGUAACACUAGACACAUGAUGGCGCCAGUCAUGUCCUACGUAGACCCAGAGGAGCUGUGGUCACCUUGCAGCGCCAAGUUCAUCACAGACUUUUUGGACAAUGGAAAUGGUCACUGUCUGCUGGAUAAGCCUCAUGCUCCACUUCGACUACCGGUUCCAUUCCCAGGCAAUGACUACGACUCUGAUCGGCAGUGCCAGUUGACUUUUGGCCCAGAUUCUCGCCAUUGCCCCAACCUGCACACUCCCUGCUCAUCCCUGUGGUGUACAGGCAGGAUAGAUGGUCAUUUCAUGUGCCAAACUAAGCAUUUCCCUUGGGCGGAUGGUACCCAUUGUGGAGUGGGCAAGAUAUGCAUGAACGGGCGAUGUAUCAACCGGGUGGAGAUGAAAGCUUAUAAUACACCAGUUAAUGGAGGCUGGGGCGCUUGGGGUCCCUAUGGAGAAUGUUCCAGGACAUGCGGGGGUGGAGUGCAAUUUUCUCACCGUGAGUGCAACAAGCCAGUCCCACGAAACGGAGGCAAAUAUUGUGAGGGAAAGAGGACUCAAUAUCGAUCCUGUAGUACCCAAGAGUGCCCUACGGGCAAUGCAAUGACCUACAGAGAACAGCAGUGCGCUAGGUAUAACCACAGAGUUGACCUCUUCAAGGGCUUCCCCUCCCCCAUGGACUGGGUACCACGUUACAAUGGAAUUGCUGAGAAAGACCAGUGUAAGCUUACCUGCCAGUCCCGACCAUUGGGAUACUACUACGUGCUUGAGCCAAGAGUGGCAGAUGGCACUCCAUGUUCUCCAGACUCUACCUCAGUGUGCGUUCAGGGUCGCUGCGUCCAUGGCGGCUGUGACCGUGUCAUUGGCUCCAAGAAGAAAUUUGACAAAUGCAUGGUGUGUGGAGGAAAUGGUUCCACAUGUACUAAGACUUAUGGAUCCUUUACCAAGCCCCGGUAUGGAUACAAUGAUGUGGUUACCAUCCCAGCUGGAGCAACCAACAUCCUGAUUCGUCAGAACAGCGGCUCAUCCUCCACCAGUGAUGGAGUCUACCUGGCCUUAAAACGUCAGGAUGGAUCCUAUGCUCUCAACGGUAACUACAUCUUGGUGCCAUCUGAAGUAGAUAUCAACAUUGGAGGAGGGUUGACCGUCCGGUACAGUGGAGCCACCAAAUCCAUGGAGACCAUCACAGGACGCGGACCCCUGAAAGAGUCCUUGACUGUUCAAGCUUUGAUUGUAAGUGACCAGAGAGCCCCACGUCUCAAAUACACCUUCUUUGUCCCCAAACCAUCCACGCGUUCGACCCAACCAAAGAAACCAGCUGAAGACUGGGUGAAACGAAGAACACAGAUACUUGAAAUUCUGAGAAGGACAAGAAAUAGCCGAAAAUAAGCAAAACUUUAGACUGGGACAAAGAAAAAAAAAACAAUCUUACUUUAGCCUUGUUAUAUUAGGCUCAAAAUGAAGGUGUUAAGAAGAUUUAAAGUUUUCAAGCUGGAUACAAGAACCUUGUUUUCUUCAGUAUCCGGGUUCAAAUUUGGGCAGCUUGGCCAUGAAAUGGUCAUUCCUACAUCUGCCUUGUUGGCUCACAGAGCACACGAUCAUCCAUUGACUUAUAAUGAUGGGUGAUCAGAAGUGGUACGGACCCCUCACAAUGGAAAUCUCAAAAGAGCUUUAAAGACUCUUGUACAGUACCAAUAAGACUCCUACAAUGAGGCAGUGAUGAUGGCUGGUCCACCACUGGUGGCAUCUUACUUUUGGCCUUCUAAUCUUUCCUCUAUGAACUUUAAAGGCCAAAAGGUAGGAAGGUGACCACCUGAUCAUAGAACUUUGCUCUAUUUAACUAUGUGUCAGGUCUCGAAGGACUCAUCAAGAAACUCUAUGAUACCUGGUUCUGAGGACUUGAUUCCUCAUUGUGGACUCAGUAGGGUCUGGAUACCCGAAAUUAUUUAAUAUGAACAUUAUAUCAAUAUAUAGGAUUAAUAUGUUGAUACCAAAACCUUGAGGAAAGCCCUGAGAGUGCCAGUUGCUACCCCCCAAAAGGCAGAGUUGAGGAACAAUAGUGGUAGGUCAAUGAAAGACGAUGAUUAUGAGGAAUAUAGAAGGUGUCUGGUACAAGUGAUAGGUUAAUGUAAUGCAGACAUGUAAGGAGAAUCCACAAUGGUGGAAGCAUCUGACCUUCUCAUUGGGCAAUUUAAUAGGAUUGGAAACUUUUCUACUGUAACAUCCCACUGAUAAGGUCUAUUAUAGAAUAGUUCUAAGAUGGUGGCUUCACUCAUGGUGCUUCCCGCAUACAACAUCCACAAGGUUGUACAUUGCCUCUUCAGGUGUGGACACAAGGGCUGGAUACGGGUCACGCCGGUUCCUUGGGACAUACCAAGCCUUGCAAUGGUGCUAUUGUAGCUACAAAGUUCUGAAUUAAUAUUGGGGCAGACAAGUUGACCAGAAGUCUAUAUAACCGGUAGAAGGGGCAAAAUUCCAUGCUUAUAGACUCUUUUGUCCUUGGCCCAAUGUGCACAACUAUUCUAUUUAUGUAUUUAUUGCUUUGUAAGCUUUUAAUGUUAUUCUUUAAUGGUACAAGACGCUCCGAAGACUGCAUAACAAAGUAUCUAUGGCUGCAUGACCAACCUACAGCUAUCAAAACCAACAAAGAUAAGAUAUCAGUUAACUAGAAAGCGAGGUAGGACACAUUUCGACAUCCUUACUCAUGGAAUAGUGGUACCCAUAGGAAUGCCUAGGAACUCUCUACUUUACAUUCCUCCUAUUGGAGCAUGAAGUUGCACAUAGUCCAUCAUAAGAUUUAUGCCUCCUGACCACCAGCAGCUGGAUAGUACAACAAUUAGUAUCAUAUAGACCAUCUCAGGGACUCAUGAGACUUCCCAAGGCUUCUGCACAACAGAUGCUCCUCCACAUGUCUUAGCUUAGUGACCCACAAUGCUUUUCACUCUAAACUCAAGAUAGAUCCAUGGUCAGCACUGGUUUUCAUUAAUACGGGAUAAUGACACAUCUAAAGAGUUACUUCAAUGACAGUGCGGCUCGUGUAGCCUGACCACACAAUGUGCAUAGAGACAACACGGUGCCGCCAAGUGACUCUGUAAAUGCAAGGUAGUAUAUAAAAAAGCCCACAACAAACUAUAAAAUACAACAAAAACAUUGAUCCGACUCACUAAAAAACUAAAAUUAAAAACCAAACAGCACCCCUAUGGAGAAGGACCCUACUAAUGUAUAGGUAUCUCCUGACGGUCCGGCACAUAAUCAGACACAACCAUUCUUCUGGAGAUGGCGGGAACCCGGUGCGCACACUCCAGCCAUCACUUUACAAUCUGCAGCCUCAGAUUAAGACGAUGGGAAUCUCAGGUCUUGGAAGGGUUCAACUAAUCCUUAAAUCCGUGAUUAAUAGUGACAAUGUUUUUAUAUAAUUGUACUUUUUUCUAUUGUUAAAUAUGCACAGAAUUAUUUA